AAAAAAAUUCCCAACUUCACACGAUGGCUUCUCCCCUCGAUAUCAGUGUCUCCGAGGCACGAGCAAUUGUCCUCAGAGUUAGCCGCCUCAAUGGGUGGCACGAGCCAGAGCUUGAAGCAACUACAGAUCCUAGGGUUUUGGAAUCUAUUGCAAACCUUCGACGACAUCUUGCAGAUACAGUGCAGACCAUUGCAGAGGAUAUUGGUUCAGUAAGGGGUCGCUUUAUUUUGGAGCUGACGCAGAACGUGGAAGAUUGCUCGUUCGACGUCGCCAACUCCCACCACCAGACCCGUUGGCUCAGUUUCGAGGUACAUCCAGAGAGAAUCAUUGUUGAAUCAAACCAAGAUGGAUUUGAUGAGAAUGAUGUGAGCCAAAUUUGUCGUACUGGGAGAAGUUGGAAAAGGCAGCAGCAUGGAUUCGUCGGCGAGAAGGGAAUUGGAUUCAAGGCUGUGUUCCAAGUGGCGUCCAGAGUCCACGUACAGUCCAACGCAUUUUCUUUCUAUUUCGUGUAUCGUAGCGAUGGUACGGUAGCGGAGAGGAUGGGCAUGGUCACCCCGCUUCUCGCAGAUGAUCCUAUUCCAUUGGAUAGGCGUCCCCUGACGAGGAUGACCCUGACUCCGAACAAUACUCGCUACGAGAAUUUGGUCGCUCACUUUGAUAAAGUCCAUCCUACGUUGCUUCUAUUCUUGUCCAAGAUCCAAGAGAUCAAAAUUACGGUUCACAGGCAACCCGGGGGGAAAACCAUCACCACUUUCAGUAAGGAGGCGCCAUCGGAGGCUACACCAGCCAAUUUGACACUUCUGAUUAAAACGGUCGAGGAAGAGGUCGAAGUAUUUGGCAUGGAGCCAGAAACCUCGCGGUACUAUAUUUUCAGAUAUCAGAUAACAGAUCUGUCGGAGGAUGAGGCCCGUCCAGAAAGAAAUGGAUGUGAACUGGUGUUGGCAUUUCAGGUGGACGACAGUGAUCGCCCUAUGAAACCCACUCAAUAUGAUGUUUUUGCAUAUCUUCCGGUUGGAAACUUUGGCUUCAAUUUUCUGAUCCAAGCCGAUUUCAUCUUGCAAGCAAGCAGAGAAGAGGCUCAAUCUGACUCUGAGUGGAAUAAGGACAUCCUAUCUGCAAUUGCAGACAGAUUUUGCAAUGCGGUACUUGACUUCUGCAGCAGAGAUGGCCCUCUACGGUACCGCUGGGUCGAAUAUUUACCUUCCGGAGCAGCACUCCAGACGCACCAUUUUUGGAAAGAAUUGUCUCGCAAGAUUAUUGACCGACUAAAGAAUGCAAAUAUUCUUUACCUCCAUGGGACUUCAGAGCUUCGAAAACCGGAAAAUGUACGGACACUUCCUCCUGCGUACUUGGAUGAAAAUGGGUCACCCCUCUUCAGAGAUCGUCCAGGUAGAUAUAGUAAAUACCUAUCGCUGGAAUAUGGCCCCGAAAACACCAACACGCUGAAGGAGCUAUUUGAAAUUAGAGACAUUGAGGAUCUUGCGAUGUGUCACAGAAUCAAACAUGACUUGAGAUGUCCUGAUUCGAGGAUGAAGAGCGGCGAGACCUCUCAUAACUGGCAUAGUCGAGCGGCUCAUCUCAUUAUAUCUAUGCUGCAACGAUCCCGAGGCACUGAUAUCGAGACAAUGGUCUUCGAGGAUUUGGAGUUGAUACCAUUGAAUGACGGACGAUGGGUGACUGCUGCAGAGACCAAUUCGUACUUUCCAGCAGAAAUUGGGCCUGCAAUACCUCAAGAUAUAGUCAUUACGAUUGAUCCUGAAAGUAUUGUAAAUGAAACUCGAGAGCAACUGUUUGAAGACCUUGGCGCCACGGAAUGCCCGCCUGAUGAAGUGAUUGGCAAGAUAUGGAGAAAAUACUCGACGCGGAACGGAGCAGCAGACCUAGCCUCGUCCAAAUUGCAUUUGAGUUACUUGUACUGGCACGCUGAAGAUAUUUCUGAUCCAGGAUUUUUACAUUUGUGGAUUUACGACGAAAACGAAAGGAGGAUCAACACUCGGAGAACCGACGUACCGGUGUACCUGCCAUCCGAAGAUGAAUAUGGACCUCAUGCGCUGUUCAGGGGAGCAUUACCUGAACUACCAGUUUCAUUUCUCAACUAUGAGUAUUUGGACUUCGUUUCUCCCAUAACUCGGCAAACUCGCCAGCAUGGCAUGAGCUGGCGGGACUGGCUCACACGGGCUCUGGUAAUCCGCGAUGUCCCUCGCCUAAACUUCCGCGCAGGCUCACUGUCGACUGAAUUCCGACACAUUCUUCAACAUAGGCCAAAUAAAAUUGUUGGAACUUUGAAGACGCACUGGGCAACUUAUAGACCGGAAAUGACGGACUCAAUAAAAGAGGAGAUUAAAACAGCAAACGUCCAAUGUUGGGGUGUUUCGCCCACGCAACUUAAGUUCACUUACUUUCCAACGGAAGGCCUGAUGAAUGAGUCUGCAAGCCUUGGAAUAGUAUCACGAUUCCCGUUUCUGGACCGCGAUACUCUUCUUGGCUAUACGGAUUCGCCUGAGGACUGGGCUUUCCUUGCGAGAUUUGGAGUACAGUUCGAGGCAAAUAUUACCUUUUACUUGGAAAUUCUACGCCAGCACGAGAGUCGGCUACAAAAUGUUUGGAACUGGGCCCGGAUUCAUAUUUUAAACACAUAUUCAUCAAUCUCAGAUCACUACAGUGAAAGGAACAGGCAAAUUAUCGUGGAAGCAUUUCAUCGAGAAAAUCUGAUACUCGAUCCAUCUUGUUUCCAACCAAGAUCUUCUGGUCCCAGAUGGAUUGAUAUAGACAAUUGCGUUUGGGAAGGUCCUCAAGAUGUACUAGAUAAAACGCCCUUACAUUCUCUCUCAGAUUACCGAACCAACCGAAAAAUAGCUCGCCUCUUCCAUGGAGAAAUUCUACAAAUCCAAAAUGCAGACUGGAAUGAUUACAAACGCACUCUAUCGAAGCUCAAAACAAACCCGAAUCCUGUAUGGAAUGUAGGUGAUAGAGCUCAGAGGCUCUACAGGCUAUUUCUAGAAAGCCCAUUGAGUGAUGGAGAAUGGGAUUCUAUACGCAAUGCCUUCGAGGAUGAAGGACUGAUCUAUGUUCCUUCUAUAAACCAGUGGUAUCCGCCAUCGCUGUGUCUCUGGAGCAGCCCAGUGCCAGUUGAAGGCAGGGCAGUCAUUGGUGCCGACUAUCCUGAAGGUCUUACAGACUUCUUUCUUACAUUUUUGAGAAUCUCUCCGGCUACAUUACAAACACUCGUGGAAGCACUUAGGUCUUUGGGAGAAAUCCGGUCCUCAGUGGAGAGCAUCAAGAAAAUGAUCAAAGCAAUUAACAGAAAAGAUCCUGAACAACAAGAUCUAGAGCCUCUUGCGACCUGCAAUGUCCUACCAAUCAGAAGACACGUCUCACAUGGUAGUAUAACUCUAGGGAACCUUCAGGAAACCUUCGCUAUCAUUGAUAACACAAAACUUUCAGCUAUCUUCCAGGACCAUGUUGAUCUUCUGGAAUUUUCUCUGGAAGAAGUCCACGAAUUGGCACCGUUUUUAGGGGGUUUGGGGCUGCAAAGCAAGUAUUUGUCACGACUGUGCACAACACAAACUUCAUGUGAUGAAAAUGGCACGGCUGAUGAGAGAUUGACACGAAAAUUCACAGACAGGGCAUACGAGAUCUUGCGCAUUGCUGUCUCCCAUCGAACUCCAAAGGCCUCCAGGUCGUUAUAUGACCGGCUUCUAGCUUCUUCAAUCCUGAAAACAGACAUGAUUUCAACAACGCACACCCUACACCAUACCAAUGGAGCUACAACUGGACCCAUACACGGAAAUACUGGUCAUGUGCAUAUUCGAAAUCAGGAAAAUGGUUGGCAGAUCUUUGUUCCAACUCUACGAUCUAACAGAGAACUCUGCUAUCAGAUACAUCUUCCGGAGGCUCUGGCAACAGCCAUCGAAAUACCCACAUCUUGCAGAGAGCAUAUUAGCUUCGUUUUGAAUAACAGCAUCUCCAUCAUAAAUGACCUCUUGGAAACCGUCGGCAUUGGACAUGUCCCAGGCAUUGAGGCAUUUCCUCGAAGUUUAGUCUACUAUUCAGAUGGAGAGGAAGAAGAGGAAGAAGUAGUAGCAAUUCGGGAGGGAACGUCUAGAGUCGUUGCCGGCGAGUUCUUUGGCGCGUCCCAAGUGAGUCGAAUAGGUGUCGCGAUACCCGAAGGCGGUUCUACUCCGCCAUCGAACAUCUCAUCUCCACAGCAAUUCUUCGAGCCAGAGCCCGACAAUAUCCCCAAUAUACCCAUUCAAGGAAUAUUUGGUAACGUCGACGCAUACACGCAGCUUCUUAGCCAUGUCAUCCGCCUCGCAAGACAGACGAGCUUACCACAAAGUACUUUCCCAACAGCGCCUGGCAAUGGACAAUAUCUUCUUGGAUACGACCACCAAGCUGCAUUUGGUGUUAGAGUAUUAGAUCAAAUGAGACAUGACAAUAAGAUUGGGGCUGCUGGGGAGCUAUUUGUGUAUGAAAUACUUCUGAAUACCCUCGAGCCACUUUUCGGCGUAGGGAAUUGGAGAAGUACAAUCCGCCAACUAGUGACAGUCCACCCCAAUUACCGUGGUAUGGCCUCGUGGGAUGAGCACGAGACAUCCGACAUCGUCUACACGGACACCAAUAGCCACUUGACCAGACUGCUUAUCCGGCUUGGCUACCUGGAUAUCAUUUGGAAUGAAUCCGAACCAGAAUACUUCAUUGAAAUUAAAACAACUACAGGAAACUGCGCAGAUCGCUUUUUCAUGAGUUACAAUCAGUACAAUAUGAUGCAAGAAAAGGCGCUCCGGCCAGGACAUACUUCUCCCCAGAUUUAUCUGAUUUGCAGAGUAUAUGAUCUUGGUAAGGACAGUAUGAACUUGAAGAUUUAUGUCGAUCCAGAGGCACAUCGGCAGAGGGGUGCAUUAUUAUUUGCUGCGAAUUGGACCGUGAGAGCCGCGCCUGAGCAAAGAAUCCGAUCUUGAGAUAAUACAUGAAGUGGAUUCCCGCGAUGAAUAUAACUUAUGCCAGAAGUGGUUGUGGGGAUGCUUCAAUUGCUCAGAACAUAUUCUUAAUACAAACAGGUUUGGGGGAAAUUAUUUUGCUAUCAGGCAGCUGGAUUGAACUAUAUUCACUGUAAAGAUGCUAGGGCGCACUGGGCCAUAAAAUAGGGGUCUGAAUGUUGAUUGAUUUCUUGAACCAUAUCUAAAGGGGCAAGAGGCUCUUACUUAAACGCUUUAGCAUUCCUGUAUGAGGGAAUUUAUAAAUAUAUACCCUCGAUUCUCC